GGGCUUCUAGUGGGACUGUGGGAGGAGCGUACCUGACUUUCCGGUUCCCACUUUCUCCGCCGGUAUCUGCAUUUUUCCCCCUUUUUCCUUCCGGUGUGAGGACUUCUCUUGGCAGUCGGAGCUCCCCUUCUCCGGCUUUUCGCUGGUUAAUUCUCUCACCAACAUCCAAUUCAUUGCGACGUGACUCCAGAGAAUGGCGUCGUCGAUCUCUAGGUUUUGUUCGACACCAUUUCUUCUUAUCUUGUACUUUUCUCUUCCCGCUAAUUGCAAAUGCUAUCCACGGCUUAAUCGAUGGGAGAAUCUGUCUCGAGGGUUUAAAGCUCAGCUUAUUCGGUGAAUUUGGUUUGAAUUCUGGACGUUUUCUAACUGUCAAUCCCGAAUGCAGUGGAUUUGGGGCAGAAUUCUGACUAGAAGUGGUAGUGUGUUUUAUCAUAUGUCAUUUAGAAGGAUACUGACAUUGGAGGAUAUAAAUUUUAGCUCAUUAUUGUUGAAGAUUGCAGUACGAUGGAGUGUACUUCAGAAAAGAAGUUCAAAUCUGACUCUGAGCAAGAUGGAGUGUUGGACUCAAAUGCAAUUGUCCUACUCUCUCCAACUUCUGAUCACUCUGAUAAAAGAUCAGAUCCUGUGGUACUUGAGAGAGAGCUUGCACAUGAAUUAGCUGCAAGUAAACAGGCAACUAAUGUUCCGAGUGAGACUACUAUUAGCUUCGAGGAAGCACUUGAAAGGGAGCUAGAAUUUCAAAAACGAAGGAAAAUAGCUAUGUUGCAAGCUUCUAUUGACUCUGGGUCGCUCUUUACACCUUCUCAAGUACUACGUCCAAAGCCAAGUCUUACUGGGAUAAAACGAAAAGUGGUGUCUGAAAAUCUUCCAGAGAAAGAACCCUAUGGAAGUCAGGAUCAAAGACCACCAAAACAACUUCAAGCUCUGCGGGCCAGAAUGCAGCGACUACAGAAUAACCGGCCUUCAAUGCAACAGUUACAGCAUCAAAAUCCACCUCAGUGGUUGAAUGGUAGAUGGCUUCCUACACAAGGAUUGAAUUGUAGACCACCUUUCCCACAGCAUAAACAGAAUCAACCUCAUCUGCUUAGACAUUCAAUGGGAAAACAACUGUCGCAUCGACAAUCUGAAAAUCUGCAAGAACCACCAAAUGUGAUAGCCUCGUUUUGGUGCAAUAUCUGCAAGGUGAGCUGUUCUAACGCUCUGAAUCUGAACUUCCACUAUCUAGGAAGAAAACACAAAGCCAAAUUCGAAGAAGUAUUUGGAAGCAAGAACACCAGGUUGAAUGAGAAUGAGGUCAAUGAAAGCAAGAAUAAUGAGAUUGUAUGGUGCAAGGAGUGCAACGUCCCAUGCAUGAAAGGAGCGUCAUGGGCUCAGCAUUGUGCUGGGAAAAAGCAUGUUGCUCGGCUUCUGGCUUCACAAUCGCUGGAUGGUGCUUCAGGCCAUACCAUCUCUGGGAAAGCUGCUGUUUGAACACACUUCUGGACCUCAAAUUUGGCAACCUUUCAGGAAAAUUAGGGGCUCAUUGAACGAUUGCCCACCAUGAAUGAAUAGUUUAAAGAUGAGUGAGAAAGGUCAACUAAACGAAGCCGUGAGUAUCAUGUGUACCCUUGUUUCCUGUAAGAAUACUCUUGAGCUGGGUUAAGAGUUGGGAGCUUUUUAAUGGGGAUCAUGUUCAAGUAAAAUUUGAGUGUUUUGACUAGCUUAAUUGAUAUAUCUGUUGGACAUGUAUUAGUGCUUUGGAUUCAAAUCUCACCUAGUACAUUUUCUUGUUCUCAAAAAAGACUUGAGUCAAAGUUUUCUGACCUAGAUUAAAUGGAUGUAGUGCAGGUUGGAUCUUUGACUCAUCUUGCCUCAUGAGAAUAUAAUCUAAUAUAUCUAUAUUAAUAUA